AUGUCACUCGAAUAUGAACUGGAAUCUCUAUUCCGAUCUGCCGGAAAAAUAGCCCCCUAUCUCGGAGAACUUUUGAGAUCCUUGGCCGAACUUGAUACAACUCUUGGAGAUCGACGUCUCGAUCGCCGGUUGCUGUUCAUCACUCAAACAGUUGAAGGUAUGGCUAGUGAGGCGGUAGCUUCAUCUCCUCCAGAAAAGAAUUACAACGAGAGUUGGUUUGCUACCUGGAACACUUUGAUCAAUAUAGCCGUUCGGAACUUUGUUGGAGCGGCAGAAGAACUUUAA